AUGUUGGGGCAUACAUACCUCCCGCCGCCGCAGCGAGCAGACAGCUUGGAUCUCCUCGCACUCGAUGCAAUUGGGUUGCAAGAUAGCUUUGACCUGGCCGCCGGCGCCAAUUGCGAGCCGUUAGGAGCGCUGUCGGUUGGCGGCGACGAGAACACACCCACUCUCCCAAACGCAUCGACCUCAACCGUCUAGAAGACGGCGCGGGGAGAUCUAGAUUUCGCGAAGCGUUUGGCACCCGGAGCUCACGCAACCUCGAGGGCGAAGCAGCAGCGACCACCAGUUCAGCCAGAUACUUUCGAGUCCACCGAGGGCCAGGAAGAGAGUCGAGUAGUCGACAUUGUUCGCAAAUCGCACCUCGCGACCACUGGCGCAGUUGUUACCAGUCCGUCGCGCAACAUUUCCUCGUGUGGUAGUGAGUAGCUUUCCGUGCCCUUUAUGUUCUACGCUAUAACUAAGCCUGGUCGAUGCAGCCAACCACCAGGCGAAUCAUAUUCUGGCAAACGCAUACGAGGACUGCUCUAUCGAGGAGCAAGUUCAGAACCAGCUUGCAGGUCAGUUCGAAUGGUUGAUCAUACGUCCAGCACCAGCAACUUCAGCCGAGCACCAUGUCUCCCACGCAACCAGCGAGAGCGACAUCUCCAGCGGAUCGAACGGGAAAAUGGUAUUCGGCUGCAAUUUGCUGUUUCGCAGGCGGCGAUCAGCCUCUAGGAAGGCCGGUGUCGGGUGUCCCUUAGCUAACAGCUACGCUUUUAUAGCCACUCCGCUGGGGGGUGAUGCUAGCAUGGUGUUGCAGAACGAAGGGCCAGAGGGCCGAAACCUCAUGGCUACCAUGUCGAACGAUACCCAGGGUACCUACCUGGAUGCUUAUCAAAAACCAAUCUCAACGAUUGAUGUGAUGGAACAAGCCGUGUCACCCUCACUGACCGUUUUCAGUGAGAGGAGUGGCAGCUGUGCGGAUGGAUCCUCGCGUGCUGGGUCUUUUUCAUUGCCAAGGAUCGAGGACUCGCUCGCUGAGCUCGAUCAGCUCGAGGAUGAAUUAGAAGCCGUUACAGCCAUCGCAACCUCCAAAAGCGGGGGAUCCUCCGACCGGGGAAAGUCCCAACCUACUCAAGAGCCCGUGAUUGAUCCGAAGAAGGAAAAAGCUAGAAAGCGUGUCACGUUGGCGAUCCCUCAGGGCGCCGCGACUGUACGAGCAAAACCCAGUGAGAAGAUACGGCCAGCACUCCGGCGGAGCAGCUCAUUGACUCUACGAAGUCGCCCAACCGAGGAACAGAAAGUCCUUGUUUCGGUGCAGAAUGAAGCUUCGCAGCCAAGGACCUCAGUAGCUCCUCGCUCCUCAGGGUCCAAGCCAAUGGUAACUUCGACAAAACCGCUUACAGUACCUAAUUUUGAACUCCCCGGCGAGGCUGUCGCUCGCCGACUGAAGGAACAACGUGAAGCCCGCCGGGCACAACAACAAACCGCCGCGCCAAAGGCCUAUGCUGCACCCCUACGUCCAAAAUCCGAUAAGCCUUUGACCAAGCCAUCUUUCGAGCUUCCUGGAGAGGCAAUCUCCCGGCGGAAACGAGAAGAGCGGGAGGCCAGACUGAAAGCUCAAGAAGAAGAAGAUCGUAAAAAGCGCGAGUUCAAGGCUCGUCCGGUCAGACAGAGUGCUGGUCCAAUUCCUAUUAUUCGCGCUCAGAAAGCAAAAGCAGCCAUUAGUUCAGAUGCUCAUCAGGACCCUCCUGCAGACACAACAUCGAAGGCCAAGCGAGCAUCCGCCGGCCCAGUAAAUUUUUCAUCAGCUGCACUAACUAUCGGCAAAGCUGCAGGCCGUCGAGGCCGAGUGUCAUUCAUCGAACCUCCUGACGACGCAAGCCGUGGGACAUCUGAGUCGGCUAGAAGCACAUCUGGAAAGCGAAGUUCAGUAUCUUGUGAAGAAGUAG